CUGAUAUUUCUCAGUCGGCAUAAAGAAGAAGUUCUCAGGACGCGAAUCAGUCAUGGAGACAGGAAGCCGACUUGCUGCACUGUCGUUACUGCUCUUCCUGAUGUCUUCCUGUGUUUGUAUCAGCCCUGAACAGAUUGAACCUCUGCUGUAUGACGAGCAGCUGUUGUGGGUGAGCGGAGUCAUGGGGGAGGUGGACACCUACAGGAUCCCCCUGCUCACCUUCACCCCAAAGGGAAGCCUGCUGGCUUUCACAGAGGCCAGGAAGUCAUCAUCAGGCGACAUGGGAGCCAAGUUCAUCGCAAUGCGGCGGUCCAUGGACAAAGGAGCCACCUGGUACCCGACCUCCUUCAUAGUCGAUGAUGGAGAGAAGCCGGAUGGCCUGAACCUGGGCUCCGUGGUGGUGGACGAGGAAGUGGGCUCUGUGAUUCUGGUCUACGACAUCUGCUUCUACCACCGUAAAUGCAACCCGUCCAGCACCAUGAUGGUGGAGAGCUGGGACGACGGCCUCAGCUGGAGUCAGCCCAGAAACCUGUCGGUCCAGCUCGGAGUGAAGAGCUUUAUUCCCGGGCCGGGCUUCGGCAUCCAGAAGCGCUACAACCCAGCUAAGGGGAGGUUGGUGGUGUGUGGUCAUGGGACAUUGGCGGCAAACGGAGUUUUCUGCAUCCUGAGUGACGACCACGGACAGAACUGGUACAACGGCGGCGUGCUGAAAAGCAUCCCUUACAACCAGCAGAAGAGGGCACAGGACUUUGACCCCGACGAGUGCCAGCCGGUGGAGAUGACGGACGGCAGCAUCGUCAUCAACGUGCGGAACCAGAACAGCUACCACUGUAGGUGUCGCAUAGUGGUACGCAGCCUUGACGGCGGAUUGACCCUGCCCGUUGAAAAUACGUUCUUUGACUACGAGCUUGUGGAUUCUGCAGUAUCAGCCGGAGCUCUGGUGAAAGAGGGAGUGCUCUACUUCACCAACCCCUCCAAUGAGCACAGCAGAGUUAACAUGACCUUACGCUGGUCGCUGACUGAUGGUAACUCUUGGGUGAAAAAAGCUGCGCAGAUAUGGGCGGGUCCCAGCGGCUACUCCUGCAUGACAUCACUGAACAGCGGCUCUCCGGAGGACCGGAAGUUCAUCUUUGUCAUCUACGAGAAGGGCCACAAGAACUAUUGUGAGACCGUCUCGUUCGCUAAGAUCCACCUGUAUGGUGGCCGGUAGAGCAUGUGGAAGGAAGAUUCCAGAUAUGUUGGAGCGAAAGGGAAACGGGAAGCUGUUCUUUACUCCAUGAAAUUCUCAGGAAGAAAAAACUCAUGAUAUUUAGAGUGGGACAAUGGAAAGCUCAGAACAACGAAUGAAGAGUUGUGUUGGGGCUGUGGUGAUCUUAAUACAAUUUUAAUAAUAAUAAUACAUUUUAUUUAUAUGGCACUUUACAAACAUUAAAAUCACCAUAAAAAAGCUAAACACU